GCGGAGGAGGGGACCUGGGCAGGGCGGGAGGGCCCCGCGAGCCCGCUCGCCCACACUCACACCGCAGCCGCCGCGGCCGCGGCAGGAACCGAAACCGAGAGCGGCCGAGCUCGGGCCUCGGCUGGAGCCUCCCGUCGCGGCCGCUCGGAACCGGUGCCCGGGACGGGCCGCCCUCGGAGCGCAGGGCGAGCGCGGAUCUGCACCUCCCGUCCACCUGACGCGAUGACGAACCUCACAACCGUGCCUUCUCCAGGAGAACUGAUGAGCAGCCCAAUUCUACGGCCCACUGAGGCCCCGUCCCCAGAAGCUGAAGCCAGCACAGCACUCAUUGCAGUUGUCAUCACCGUGGUCUUCCUCACCCUGCUCUCUGUCGUGGUCCUGAUCUUCUUUUACCUGUACAAGAACAAAGGCAGCUACGUCACCUACGAACCUGCCGAAGGCGAGCCCGGCGCCGUCCUCCAGAUGGAGAGUAACUCCGCCAAGGGCAAGGAGAAGGAGGAAUACUUCAUCUAAUGGUUCCCGGGCCCCAAGGAGCUCAUCCAGGCUCCAGUGCUGACACACUAUUUAUUAGGUGAGAGUUUUAUCUGAAACCGAUGAGAAGCAUCCAUCGCUGUGGGCAGACCGGAGCUCCUUCCAGGACCCAGGCCCAAAUGCCAGCAUCACAGACGCCAGGGCCCAGAGACCCGGAGAAAGCGGCUCACGAAGUCUCGAGUCAGACCUUUGUCAUACAGCUGGUGUUUGUGAUUGAGCGACGAGGUGGAGCCGUACCAGGCAGCCACCGGGUACUGCCUGGCCAUCGUCACUUUCUCCACAGCUCAGAGGGAAGGAGAGUUGGGGGUCACUGGUUGCUCCUGCGUUCCCUACCUGGUCACCUAGCGACAGCCCGAGUGCAAAUAGUGUCCCCUGGAAGCUCCUCCCAGAGGCCGGAGCCCACAGUGAAAGGCCAGGCCGGGAGGGGCAGGAGGGCCGUGAAGACGUCACUGCUGAAGGGGCGGGCCACCUCCCUUAACCUGAGCCCUUCCUUCCCACAGUCCCCGGCAACCCAGACGUAGGCUGUUUUUAUCGGAAUUAAAAAUUUUCAUUGAUACAGAAAUCAGAUUCUCAUAUACAAGAACUAACGACCUUCACGUUUUGACUUAGCCCUGCUCAAACUUUUUGACAUUUCCUCUUGCUAAUUCCUCUGCCUAUGUUCUCUCCCUUGCCAAAAAGAGCCUUAGGGAAGUUUCUACAGUUCCCAGGCGGAAAUCAGGGCUUUGAAACAAAGAUAGUCCUGGGAAGUUUGUCCUAGAGGCGUGUCAUUCCAAACACACCCUAGGAGAUGAGGGGUUUAGCCUCCAUCCUGGCAGGGGCCGGAAUUUCCCAGGAAACCAGCAACAGUCUACCUACCACUUGCCUCACCCGUGUCCUUUCUCUCAAGCCCAGAGAAGCUUCUUGGAUCUAACUUCAUCUCAAAAUGAGGUAUGUUUAAAAGGUACAAUGUUUUGGUAGAAAUCAUUAGCUCUCCAGGUCUUGAUUUCUUUGGAAUUAAGCUAAAGUUCCUUUGAAGUCUUAAAUCUAUUGCCUCCAUUGUUCAAGUCCACCCAAGGUAAGAACCAAUGUUGAGGAAUUCAUCUUGGCAACCUAGAUUCCAGGCACUUACAGUAUUUCUGUAUUGCUGUAUGUCCAUAUUUCUCCACACAGAACUUGGGAAAAACUGAAGGUCACCCUGAAUGUACACAAACUGUUAUAUUAAAAAAACAUUUUCCCCAAGUCAAACUUAAGGGCAAGUUAGGAGAAUCCAUUGUUCCUUUAUUUCUAAGUUUAUGUUCUGAAUUUCCUCUGGCAAUAAUAGGUUCUUAGGAAUCCAAAAGAGCUUAGGAAGUAAAAUCAUGAAAGUUGAACAUCUAGGGUGAAACUUAGGAAAACAGUCAAAUCUUAGCCUUGCACGCCUGCAUGUAUUUCAAAGCCUUCAUUUUUAAAAAAAACCGAAUGGAAGCAGGACUAUCUGCAUCCUAGGUGGGCUAUGAGAGGAAGCAUUCACAGAGGAGAUCUCAAAACAAGCCGAGUAAAGAAUCCUUGAAGUGAGGUGUAAUGCAACUUCAUCACUUUAUUCAAAUCUUCAAAAUAGUCUUUAUUCUACAUUUUUAGUAUAAAAAAUCCACAAGUUAAGUGCACCACAGUGUAGAGAGAGACAUACAACGCUGAACUUCCAUAACAGUCAAUGGUACAGUCAAACAUCACAUGUACAGAACACAAAAUUUAGAUGAACUUAAACUUAAAAUAAAAUAAAAUCCAAUUUUAGAAAACAAAAAUCAAAAAAUUAAGGAUCCCUGAAAUAUUCCUAACCCUAAUGGGAUUUCACUGGACUCAAGUCAUUUUGUAGUGAGCCAUUCACAAUACAACCCCGUUCACCCAGCUCGGGAAUUCUUAGAGCCAUGAGUGGCUGCAUCAGACACUGACAAAUGGUAACCAAUUUUUGAUCUGAAAACUUCCCUUAAUUUGGCUCUAGAGUCAUCAGGCUUUUAAAUGCACCCUCCUCCCUGCCCCUGAAAUGAUAAGCAAGCUGCUAUUUAUGAUAGUUUGUGUUGAUAUCCUUUGUUGAACAAAGCUCAGUUUUUCUGGCACCAAAGCAAAUUUGGGUUUGGUUCGUGUAUGAAGAGACAGCCUACAAGGAGGGUCCAAAAGGCACCCUCCACUUCUGCCUGAAGAGACGCAAAAGCAGAAGUAAUGGGGGCUGUGCUUGGGGCACAGAGGGGGUUUCAGAGGAUCCUUGUGAAAGACUGGUUAAAAGAUGACGAGUGAGGACAAGUGCAAGGAGAGAAGGAAAUUAGUCUGACUGGCUUUCUGUCCUGCACCAUUGAUUCAAUGGAGAUUGGCGGGAAGGUAUCGAAGACCGGGGCUGAGGGUGGAACAUGGGGCAAAGGACGAAAAGGAAAAGGCAGACAGCUAAUGCAGUUCAUUUGUAACAAGUAACCUAAAUCAAAGACUUAAAGGAGAUUAAAGACCAAUCAGAAUAAUUUGGCAACUUUAAUUCUUAGGAAGAUCAAAGUUCCCUCCAAACCUAAUUUGAUGUUUUAUUACUAAAAGCAAAGACCAGUAUGGUACAGUAUUACUCCAGAGGAAUUACAGGAAGAUCCUUAGGGCUGCUUCACCCACAUUCAUUUGAUGAAUGGAUACCUCCCCUACCUCAAAAUGCUUUAGGGAGGUACUGCUACCAUUACAUGGUUCCUUAUUAAGUUUGAAAAGUGCCUGAAAGUUUGGGCACCAGAAAGACACCC